UGUGACAGAUGUGCUGCCCUCGUUUUAUCUUCCCUGUCGAAGAUCAAUACGAUUUGGGACCUGAGUGGGACGCCCAGGUCUCUCCUGCAUGGACGUAUAGACGACUUGUCACCUUAAUGAAUGAAGGCUUUUUCGUGUUUUUCCCUUCUGCAGGAUUGUCGGUGGAUUCGAGACCCUCACGGCCAUGGAGAAUGUGGAGAGUGAUCCCAAAACAGACAAACCCAAGUCGGAGAUCAAGCUCAUCAGUACGACCGUGUUCGUCGACCCGUACGAAGAGGCUGACGCUGAGAUUGCAGCCGAGCGAGAAAAGGAGCUUCAGAAGCAGGAGGAGGAGAAGCAGCAGGCCAACAUCGCCCUGAAGAAAGCCAAGGAGGACCAGGCGCCGAAGACCUUCAAAGAAGGUGUCGGGAAAUACAUCAACCCUACCACAAUAAAACGCUCAGCUGCUGAAGACGACAGCGGUCCGUCCACCAGCGGAGUAGCAGCCAAGAAGUCCAAAGGGAAGAGCAGCUUCGGAGACUUCAGCUCCUGGUAGCACCGGCGCCUCCAGCAUUUACCAUUCUGAACUUUAACUGGUCAGCGUGACCGCGAGCAGAAAUAAUUUCAUCCGUACUCUAGAUUUUUGUAACGUCUGUCAUCUCUCAGUGGUGUUUGCAUCUUGUGAAUCUAUACAUUAAAGCUACUUUUUUCAUA